UAUCAAGAUACCCGUUGUCGGCAUAUGCCGUGACGAUCGAGUUCCACGUCGAGGCAUCUCGCCGGAGCAUCCGAUCGAACGUUCUGCGCGCUCGAUUUAGAUCUUUCGCCUGUGCGUAGGCCUGGAUCAUGAUUUUGGAGGAGAAGAGCUUAGGAUUCUCUAUGGAUUCGAAGAUUGCACGGCUCUCUCCUCCAUUAUCUAUAGCAAUGAAUUUCCAUCUCUAUUUCUUGCUCCUCGAGAUACUAGUGUUCUUCCUAAAUUCGCCCCCAUCGCUCCCUCUCCGCCCAAGUCCCUCAUGGCGCCAGCAGUUCCACUCGCGCCGCCUCUUGAUGUUCUUCCACUUCGGCGUCAACACAUUCACGGACUCGGAGCGUGGAUCCGGCCACGAAUCGCCCUCCAUCUUCAACCCGGAGCGAUUGAAUGCGUCGCAGUGGAUGGACGCGGCCCAAUCCGCGGGCGCGCAGCUCGUGAUCCUCACGGUCAAGCACCACGACGGGUUCUGCCUGUGGCCCUCGGCCUACACCAAUUUCUCCGUGGCUAGCGCGAGGAGGGAAGGGGGAUGUGGUGGCCGAGUUCGUGGCCGCCGCCAGGGAGCGUACGUGGGCUUUUACCUCUCGCCAUGGGAUUUGCACGAGAGCUGCUAUGGCGACACUCUUCUCUACAACGAGUUCUACCGAGAGCUUCUUACUGGAUAUGGGCCGAUCUCCGAGGUGUGGCUGGAUGGUGCGAAAUCACCCAGUGCAGUGAACAUGAGCUACGAUUUUGAGCUCUGGUUUGACACGAUUCAUCCCUGGUGCAAACAUCUUUUCCGACUGGCCCUAACAUCCGAUGGGUUGGGAACAUAGUUGGUCCCGACCGUUCCAAAUGCCGACUGCUCGACCGUGGUUAUUGACCGGCUGUGAAAAUGCCGAACGGCCGAACGGUUCACAAAAUUUUUUUGAAAAAAAAAAACAUUUUUAGUAAAACCACAUUAAUAAAAGUAGGAAAACCAAAGCAUUAAACCAAACCAAACCAAACUAAACCAAAGCAUUAGACUAAACCAAAUUAACUAUUACUUAUUUUCUUCAACAUCUUUAGCAAGUUCCUUGAUAUCUCCAGCAUCUUCCUCAACAAUCACAUCUUCAUUUGGAAAAUUUUUUUCAGCUAAAUCUUCUAUACCAAGAGAUUCAAGCCUAGCUUGCAUCUCUACAAUCCUCAUCCACUAUGGUUUGAUUGCAAUUGUGUCAAGAUCGAUCUCUAGCAACUUCAUUCCUUCACUUUCAAUAUGAUCCACCACUCUGGUGUUACUGUGUACAUAAACCAACUUCUUCAAGUUCUCUAGAAGCAAGCAAUUGCGUCAUUUGGUUUGGAUCAAGUUCCAACUACUCCAAUUUUGCUCAUAUGGAGAAGAGCACACUCCUUGGCUCAACACACGAAGUACUAACUUCCUGAGCUCAAGCAUCUCAUAUUCAUAGAAUUCCCACCAAGACACUAGAAAUUUCCUUUUUGCUUUGCUCUUCGGCAAAUCCUGAUUGAUAGUUCUUCCAAUUCUUCAUCGAAACAUAUUGAAUUGUUCAUCCAACUUCUCUUCCAGCUGAGUGUCCCCACAGCAAUAGAGUGAUAAAUAAUCCAUCCAAUCACUUCUUACCUCAACAUCUAAGUCUUGCUCAAAGUAUGAAAGAUUCAAAGCAUAUGCAGCAUUGUGCAUAGAGCUAUGCACCAUAAACCAUUGAGCUCUCCGUCUAUGUUAGUCUUCAACCAAGACACACUUAAUUGCAUCAAUUUUAUCCAUAUGAAGCUUGCCAUCUUGAGCUGCAAGCUCCAAUCUUUCAAUCAUAUGAUACAUUGUUUAAU